CCCCCCCCCCCCCCCCCCCCCCCCCCCCCCCCCCCCCCCCCCCCCCCCCCCCCCCCCCCCCCCCCCCCCCCCCCCCCCCCCCCCCCCCCCCCCCCCCCCCCCCCCCCCCCCCCCCCCACCCCCCCCCCCCCCCCCCCCCCCCCCCCCCCCCCCCCCCCCCCCCCCCCCCCCCCCCCCCCCCCCCCCCCCCCCCCCCCCCCCCCCCCCCCCCCCCCCCCCCCCCCCCACCCCCCCCCCCCCCCCCCCCCCCCCCCCCCCCCCCCCCCCCCCCCCCCCCACCCCCCCCCCCCCCCCCCCCCCCCCCCCCCCCCCCCCCCCCCCCCCCCCCCCCCCCCCCCCCCCACCCCCCCCCCCCCCCCCCCCCCCCCCCCCCCCCCCCCCCCCCCCCCCCCCCCCCCCCCCCCCCCCCCCCCCCCCCCCCCCCCCCCCCCCCCCCCCCCCCCCCCCCCCCCCCCCACCCCCCCCCCCCCCCCCCCCCCCCCCCCCCCCCCCCCCCCCCCCCCCCCCCCCCCCCCCCCCCCCCCCCCCCCCCCCCCCCCCCCCCCCCCCCCCCCCCCCCCCCCCCCCCCCCCCCCCCCCCCCCCCCCCCCCCCCCCCCCCCCCCCCCCCCCCCCCCCCCCCCCCCCCCCCCCCCCCCCCCCCCCCCCCCCCCCCCCCCCCCCCCCCCCCCCCCCCCCCCCCCCCCCCCCCCCCACCCCCCCCCACCCCCCCCCCCCCCCCCCCCCCCCCCCCCCCCCCCCCCCCCCCCCCCCCCCCCCCCCCCCCCCCCCCCCCCCCCCCCCCCCCGCCCCCCCCCCCCCCCCCCCCCCCCCCCCCCCCCCCCCCCCCCCCCCCCCCCCCCCCCCCCCCCCCCCCCCCCCCCCCCCCCCCACCCCCCCCCCCCCCCCCCCCCCCCCCCCCCCCCCCCCCCCCCCCCCCCCCCCCCCCCCCCCCCCCCCCCCCCCCCCCCCCCCCCCCCCCCCCCCCCCCCCCCCCCCCCCCCCCCCCCCCCCCCCCCCCCCCCCCCCCCCCCCCGAUAA